AUGGCCGUCAUCUGGGGGCUGGACCUGCAUGAAAUGCAGUGGUCCAAAUUCAAAUCCUCUUACAUGUUCAACAAGAUAUACCACCUACGGCGGACAAAGAUGGUCGUUUAUCAGUUAGCCAUGAUUCUAUGCGUCUGCUCCGAAUCAGUUGGAACGGCAGCACUAGCAGACUACACCGAUCAACAGUCUUUCGUGGAAAACCUGAACAACCUCGCAGCCGUGUAUAAUGAUGAUUUUGUGGGAAUUGCAUCGUACAAUAUCUUCGUUGGCGUCGCGGUUGCAACGAUAUUUGGCGCCGCAUUCUUCUUCGAUCUAUUUUGGCCCGAGCGACACGAGAGCGCUGCCGUCCGUCUCGCAUGGAAGAUAUCAGCUGUUGUCAUCUCAAUUAUGUGUUUGGCAGAUGCGAUUGCAAUGACUGUCAUCGUUGCAACAAGACGGUCGUAUGUCACUGGCGUCGACGCAAAUGAGGCACGGCGUCUGCUAGAUCAGGCACAGAAGCAUCCAAAUCUCAUUUAUAGACACAACCCGUAUUGUAUCGCAUGUGUUGUCCUACUGUGGUGCGGCCUGGUUGCGACUAUCGCUAGCGCCUUUAUCCUCUUUGCCUCGCACCACCAUGACGAUAAACAUGGUGUCUUCUCCAAAGAGGGAAAAGCUGAACGGGAUGCUGCAAUUGAAGAACCCAAGGCGGACAUUACAGCGGUAUAG